AGCACCUGAAGAACUUUCUUCGAUUAUUUUAGGGGUAAGGUAAAAUAUGAUCAUGAUGCAUGUAAUGUUUAAUUAUAUUAUUUAUUUAUUCAUUGCUAUUAAACUACUGUAAAAUGUGCCUUUUAUUGUGCCAGUCUGUGUACAAACUCCCAUUUGAGCUGUUCGUUUUAGUAUUUGUGAGACUCUGUUGCCUUUCUAUACUUUCAUCAUCUGCUCCUCUCUGUAUCUUCUAGAUCAUUGAGCUGAAUGAAGAUGAAGAUUGAAGCUCUUCUCCUCAUUUUAGCUGCUCUACAGACUUUGUGCAGUCCUCAAAGUCUUUGUACGGAUGACAGCAUCUCUUCAAGUCCUCCUAGAGAUGGCAGCAGUUCUUUAAGUCGUUGGAUUGACAUCAUCUGUUCACAGGAUCACAGAGUGGCUGCUGUUGAAGAGCAGAUAUUUCCACUGGAUAUGGCUCUGAAUUCAGCUGAUGAUCAGUUUGACGGAUGCAAAGAUGAAAUGGCAUACAAAGUGGAUAAUUACUAUCUAAACAAUGAAAAAAAUGGCAAUCCUAAAUUCAAAACAGCUUGGGAUGUCGCAGAAAAGGCUGUACCACCAUCCCCAGAAAAUCCACGGAAUCGUACACGCUUAAUUGCCAUUUACGUGUACACUGACAGGAUUGCAUAUGCAGACUUCAAUAAAGCUGUUCGAAGCGGUAAACCUAAAUAUGAAAACGGCAACUUCAAAUGGUAUUCGCUUUACUUUCUUUUAACAGAUGCGGUGCAGAUUCUGAGAGCAAGCCAAGAUAAAUGCUAUGAUACUUACCGUGGUACAAACGUGAACAUAAAUGAUCAAAAUGUUCUGAACACAGAGGUCCGAUUGGGUUCUUUUGUUUCAUCUUCUCAGGAUCGAAACAUAGCGAAGCGUUUUGGAAAUAAGUCUUGUUUUGAGAUCCGCACUUGUAAAGGUGCUGAUAUUGCUAAAUAUUCUAAGCUUCCUCGUGAAAAAGAGGUGCUGAUUCCUCCAUAUGAGAUAUUUGAAGUCACUAAAGUCCAGAAAAAAACUGAUCAGCAAGAUCUCUGGUGUGAAACCGUGUUCACUUUGGAAAGCCAAAACAAGACAAGAAGUGACCUGAACUGUGCUGUAGCCAAGAAACGAUCCUGGGGUGAGUUUCUCAAACAACAACGUAACCAUCGCCUUGAGGAAUGGAUGCUUCAGUUAGGAAUAAAACAACAUAGUGCAGUUUAACAUAUUAACGUUUGAUUUUGGUAACGCGACACAUCAUUUUUCUUUAUACAAUACAAGUUUUAGUGAUUAACAUUUAGAUUUGCUUGCUUUGGGCUGUCUUUUUCCCUUAUGCUUAAUUGAAAUACAGUUGAAGUCAAAAUUAAUAGCCCUUGAAGUUUUUAAAAGUAACGAAAACGAAUGAAAAAAAUGAAAACUAAAUUUGAAAAAUAAUUUUCGUUACCUGAA